GUGACUUAAACGCUGACGUUUUGAGCUUAAGAGAAAUUAGCUUAGACCAGUUCCCCCACGAAGCUCGUCGUCGUCGUCGUCGUCCUGAGCUUGUAACCACCGAUGGAGAUCGAUGAUUCAGGUGACGUUCUCGAUCUCACUAGCUGCCAGCUCCACAGUCUCGACUCAAUCGAGUUACCUCCGACGCUAAUUGAGCUGGACCUUACGGCGAACCGUUUAUCGGAACUGGACUCGAGGAUCGCGCACCUCUCGAUGCUCAAGAAGCUUUCUCUUCGCCAAAACCUAAUCGAAGACUCCGCCGUCGAGCCUCUCUCUCGCUGGGACGCCUUGUGCGAUCUCGAGGAGCUGAUUCUCAGAGAUAACAAGCUAGCGAAAGUACCAGACGUCAGCAUAUUCUCAAGGCUUUUGGUUUUCGACGUAUCCUUCAAUGAAAUCACUUCGUUGGAAGGAUUAUCAAAGGCCUCUAGCACGUUGAAGGAGCUCUAUGUGUCUAAGAAUGAAGUUAACAAGAUUAUGGAGAUUGAACACUUGCACGACUUGCAGAUUCUUGAGCUGGGGUCUAAUAGAUUGCGGGUAAUGGAGAAUAUGGAGAACUUGACAAAGUUAGAGGAACUGUGGCUGGGAAGAAACCGUAUCAAAGUUGUGAACUUGUGUGGGCUCAGAUGUGUUAAAAAGAUUAGCUUGCAGAGCAAUCGAUUGACCUCUAUGAAAGGAUUUGAGGACUGUGUUGCUCUUGAAGAGUUGUAUUUGAGCCAUAAUGGUAUCUCAAAAAUGGAGGGUUUGAGUGCGUUGGUUAACCUACGGGUGUUGGAUGUGUCGAACAACAAGCUCACAUCAGUUGAUGACAUUCAGAGCCUCACAAAGCUGGAAGAUUUAUGGCUUAAUGACAACCAGAUAGAAUCACUUGAAGCAAUCACAGAAGCUGUUACAGGCUCUAAAGAGAAGCUUACCACUAUCUACCUCGAAAAUAACCCUUGUGCCAAGUCUUCUGAUUACGUUGCUGUGCUCAGAAAAAUCUUCCCCAACGUGGAGCAAAUAGAUUCUAACUUAUUUGCUUAAGAAGUUGGAUAUUUCUUGUGUUCUCGUUUUUAGAGAGCCUGCUUUCUCAUGGUUUAGACUUUAGAGCAUGUGUAUCGACUCCAAGAGAUCAGGUGAAACGCAGUCAUCUUCUGUUUAUCAUAAAGAAGUGCAAACGAGCAAAUCAUACCGUUCACUGGAGUGAUAUUUUAUCAAAAAAACGUAUCUAGUGUUCGCUUGCAAGCAAAAUCAAUACUUGUUUUUGGUCUGUAAGCAGUAGUAUUUGGACUCUGUCUGUAACAGGUAAUCCCGAGUAGUCUGAGGUUGUCUUUGUUUCGACCAACAGUAACUUGAUUACUUUGACUUUCCCCUGGCAUUCUUAUCUUUCUUUUUUUUUGUUUCAUGUGAUUGUUUAGUAUUGAAAAGUUGCUAUGUUACUACUUUUUGGUUA